AUAUUCAGUCCCAGUGAGAGACUGAGAGAGUAAGGAGACAUUGUCCGGGACAGAGACGGAGCCCGAGCCGCUCGAGCUCUACAUCGCGGCGGUAAACGCACAUUUAGAGCGGAAUGAAGAGCAGAGUUUAAUGCGAGUGUGAUCUGAGGAGCAGUGAGUGUGUUCUGGCCUGGAUUCAGUCAGGUCGAGGGGUGAGGGGGGGAUUCACUGGGUCAAACAAAUUCACUGUCUACCCCCACUGAAGAAGAAGAAGAAGAAAUACCAGACAAAGCGCCGAGGAAACGAUGAACUGUGCAAAGCUGUGUGUGUUGUGACUUCCUGAGGUGAGGAGAACUGAUCUGGACAGAGAAGCACGAUGUCACGGUCAGAUGAGGUCAACAAAAUGACAGAAAAUGUCUACAAGGGCAUACUGGACCAGUUCAACCCCAGUCUGAAGAAUUUUGUCACCAUGGGCAAACACUAUGAAAAGGCUCUGACUGGUGUCACAGUAGCAGCGAAGGGUUAUUUUGACGCUCUGGUCAAACUAGGAGAGCUGGCCAGUGACAGCCAGGGCUCGAAGGAACUAGGCGACACGUUGUUCCAGAUGGCAGAGGUUCAUCGUCAGAUCCAGGUCCAGCUCGAGGAUGUGCUGAAGCUGUUUCAUUCAGAGCUGCUGUCUCAACUCGAGCAGAAACUGGAGCUAGACAUCAAGUAUCUGACCGAGACGCUGAAGAAGUACCAGAGUGAGAGGAAGUCCAAGGUGGAGUCCAUUGAGCACUGCCAGUCACAGCUGAAGAAACUGCGGAGGAAGAGCCAAGCCAGCCGCCAUCCCAACAAAUAUGGAGACAGAGAGAUGCAGUAUGUGGAGCUGAUGAGUCGCCGGCAGGGUGAGCUGGACUCGCUGGUGGCCUCUGGUUACCGCUCCGCUCUGACAGAAGAAAGGCGGCGCUAUUGCUUUCUGGUGGACCGUCAGUGUUCAGUCACCAAGAUCCUCACCAGCUACCACUGCAAGGUGAGAGAGCUGUUGUCUCAGAAGCUGUCAUCGUGGCAGCAGUCCUGUGCGCAGCCAACCAAGCUCCCGGAGCGAGCGCUGAACCUGCUGCGUUACACCUCCCCCCAGAGCUCUGGAGGAGCAGGCCUCGCUGAGAUCCUGCGCAACGCCAAACUGGGAAUCUCUCAGCCCGCAGAACAAAGGCUGUCUGUGCAGGAAGUCCCGCCUCUGUUGAACAGUGACAGUCGUUCUCAGCAGCAGCAGCAGCGAUCCUCUCAGUCUGUCCCGGGCCUUCAGUCUCACCAGAACCCCUCCAGUAAUGGACACACCCAAUCCGGUUCUUCAGCCAGCCCCGCCCACUCACAGACAGCAGUGGGCGUGUCUGGGUCACAGUCUCCUCCCCCCAUGAGCCACACCUCCAGCUCCUCCCACAGUUCCCUGCAGGGCCUGACUCCACCCCUAAUGGCCCCCAACAGCCCUCCGCUGCCCCACAGCGCCCCUCUGUCCCCCGUCCUGCUCUCCAGCUCUGCUGCUGCUGUCAGUCUGCUGAAGACUCCUGAUCUCUACUCCACCUCUACCCUGCCACUGCCGAGGAGACAGUCCAGCGACACUCGUCAGGGAUUCAUGGGCUCCACUCUCCCCCGUGUGCUCCCUCUCUGUGCUCCGUCCCAUGUGGAGGCUCUGUUCCCUCACUCCCCAGACUCCUGCGAGGGACAGAAGCCUGGAGACCGAGGAGGAAACUCAUGUCUGCUGUCCUUCCUGCCUGGAGACCCUCUGUCCCUGCUGAUCAGCGAGCCCAGAGACGGCUGGCACUACGGCCAGAACGAGCGCACGGGACGAAAAGGCUGGUUUCCCUUCUCCUACACACAGCCUUUCCCCAGCACUCCCGGACAGGAUCUCAGUCCUCUGGUCCUGUCGAAGGUUAACAGCACUAGUAUGGGACAGCUGGACAGGCUUCCCCCCAUGGGGCAGGUGCCGCAGGUCAGUCCUGACUCUGAGGACGAGAGGAGUGUUAUAUCCCAGCGCAUCAGCACCUUCAGACCGCGACCCUACAGCAUGAUGAACCCCGAGACCAGCAGGAUGAGCCCGCGACUGCGUCUGAAGGACAGGAUGUCGACUGACUUCACCUCUCCACCUCCGUCACCCAGCAGGAUCAACCCGUUCGCUCAUAUUCGGCUCAAGAAGACGGUGACCAAUGACCGCUCCGCCCCUCUGAUACAGCAGAGCCUUUGAUUGACAGCCAGAGAUGCUCCUGUUAAUGCUUCACUGAACAACCCUUGAGAGGUUACACUGUUGUCAUCAGAAACACAUUAUAACCAGUAUCAGAGAAUUAAAUGCAGUUCGGUGCGUUUAGAUCAUUUAGGAUUUGUGUAUAUUCUAUAUAUAUUACAUUAUCAGAAAAUGAAAUAUUUCAAGAGGUUUUUAUGUAUUUCGGAUGAGUGCACAUGGAAAAUGUUGACCUCUAACAUGUUUUUCAGUAUUUCUAACCCCUUUACUGUGAGGUGUGAUGUCUACAGUGAAAAUGAUGAUAAAGCUUUUGCCGUCUGAUAUUUGUAGAGAUGAUUCCCAAUUAAGUUUCAUAUUAAGUAUUAGAUUAGAUUGACUUGACGUCAGGAUGGUUAGUAUAAAAAAAGAUAUGUAUUUUCUAGUAUACAAAUGCAAACUUUUAAAGGAAUAGUUAGUUAUUUACUCACCGUCAUGUCCAGUGUUGGGGAAGGUUAUUUUUAAAUGAUAUGCAUUACAAAAUUGCAUUACUUCCUAAAAACCCAACUAAUUUUGUUACUUACUUUUUAUGGAAAGUAAUGUGUUCAUUAUUUUUGCAUUACUUUUUCUCAUCUGGGCUGGGCUUGCUUGUUUGGUUUAAUAUAAAAAGUUCUGUUUUUGGUAAAAGUGAAACGAAUAAGAAAAUGAAGAUUCAUGUCUGUACAGUAGAGGGCCUUCCAGGAUAACAUGAAGAAUAGGAUGCAAGAUUUAACACACUUCUGCAAGAAAAAUUGUUUCUUUGAGUGUACUUCCCACAUAAAACAAGAUACUUUCUCCAAAACUUUUUUUUUUUUAGUUUUGAAAAAAGACAAGGUAUCCUGGAGCAUGCUGGGAGAAGCAGGUGAGACGGCUGGCUGUAGGAAUCAAAAGUAUAAUGGAGUGUAAAUUACACACAGAAAGGCUUUGAAGGAGUUGGAAAUGAUUUUGGAAAAGCGUUGUGUUUGUGAAGU